ACGAGGAGCGGAGCUGCUGGAAGCCUUGAUGUAAUAUCCAAAUGUCCUGUGUCGUGCCAUUCGUCCGAAGCAAGGGUUGUGGUGCCUGUUUUGUCCUGUACAUCCAGACCUUAUGUGGACCCAGCGUGCCUGUUGCGUGAAGGCUUUUGUAGAGCAGCUUAUAUUGUGCGCGCAAUAAAUGAAAGUGUGAGGUGUGUGACUCGUGAGGUGUGUGCGGAAAAGGUGAGCAGCCAUUCCCUAAACAUCUAAGGGGAUCUCCGAAUGAACGGUUUUCGACGGUGCUGCAAUUCUGCAGAGCUCUCGUAACGGUCGUCGCCAGUAUCGCCGACUGCCGACAGGUAGCCCCGUUUUCCAGUAGAACACCACGGGAGUAAAACAGGUCCCCCGAAGACACAGGACCCCGAAGAAUUGUAGACAAAACAGCCAGCCAGCAACUGGUAGCUGCCGCCCAGCGAGCCGUAGCGCCAUACGUUAAUCCUCCCACAAGCUAUAAAUAUAUAUUUAUAGAUAGUCGAUUCCAAUCUCUCGGUUCCAAAUCCCCCCCCCCCCCCGCGAAGAAAGCCGGUUUCUGUUUGGUGACUAUGAAAGAUUUGGUAGACAUACCAACGCUGAACCAACUCAACACCCAGCGCCCAAUCAAGAGCAAGCGUAACCGAUGGAACGUGGAGAUCUCGGACUUCGCCAGGCUCACGCAUAAUCCAAUCCGCGCCAUCGUCGAGGGGCUGAACAUCCAACCGCAUCCGGACAAACCGCUGAUCGCCCUCUCGAUAGGAGAUCCUACCACGUUUGGCAAUCUAAAACCGUCGCAGGAAACAAUCGACGCCAUCCGGCAGGCAGUCGAAGACGGCAACGGCAACGGCUAUGCACCAGCGAACGGUCACCAGGAGGCCCGUGAAGCGGUCGCCCGCUACGUCCAGCACCAGGGGCCGGUGUCGGCGAGCGACGUGAUCCUGUGCAGCGGCUGUAGCAGCGCGCUGGACCUGUGCAUCUCCGUGCUCGGUGUGCCGGGUAAGAACAUUCUCAUCCCGAAGCCGGGCUUCUCCAUCUACCGCACGCUGGCCGAGGGUUUCGGGAUCGAGUGCCGCACGUACGAUCUGCUGCCCGAGCGCGACUGGGAGGCCGACCUGACGCAGCUGGAGCGGCUGAUCGAUGAGGACACGUGCGCGCUGAUCGUGACCAACCCGGGCAACCCGUGCGGCAGCGUGUUUUCGCGCGCCCAUCUCGAGGCGAUCGUCGACAUCGCCGAGCGCCACUUUGUGCCGAUCAUCGCGGACGAGAUCUACGAGCAUUUCGUCUUUCCGGGGCACGAGUUCUGUGCCGUCAGCUCGCUGUCGCGCCGGGUGCCGGUGCUGUCGUGUGGCGGGCUGACGAAGCGCUUCCUCGUGCCCGGCUGGCGCAUGGGCUGGAUCAUCAUCCACGACCGGGAGAACGUGUUCCGGGACGUGCGCAAGGGUCUGGUCAACCUGUCCGUGCGCAUCCUCGGUAGCAAUACGAUUGUCCAGCGCGCCCUGCCGGCAAUACUGGAAAACACCCCCAAUGACUUUUUCGACGACCUCGUGGCAACGUUGCACCGCCACGCCGAGAUCGCUUACAAAUCGAUCAAGAAAAUUCGCGGCCUUCAUCCGGUGAUGCCGGGCGGCGCGAUGUACAUGAUGGUGGGCAUCGACAUCGACCACUUUCCCGAGUUCGAGCACGACCUGAGCUUCGUCGAGGCGCUCGUACAUGAGCAGAGCGUGUUCUGCCUGCCGGGACAAUGCUUCGAGUAUCCGAACUUCUUCCGCCUGGUGCUGACCGUGCCGGAAGAGAUGAUCGUGGAGGCGGUGAAACGGCUGGAGGAGUUCUGCGAGCUGCACUACAAGAUCGACAACGAGGAGCUGCUGGUGCAGCGCAACGGCUUGCUGUCGCAGAUGACCCAGUACUGAGAAAGUGACGAAGUGUGCGCACUAUUGCGUACCCCGGCUGAGGGCGAACAGAAUAUUCACUUAAAACGUAAACAUAUCUAUGGCCUACCCUAUAUUACAUACGCUCGGGAAAUAAAG